UCGGUCUCUACACAAGAGAAGUAUCCAGGGGUCGUAGAAGAUAGGUGGGAAAUUCGACACGCACAUUUUGGAAAAAUGGCAGAAACUGCGUGGAGACAGAUCUGUCACUUUGGAUUCCUCACUUAUUUCAUCGUUUUCUCUUAUAUCUCUGUGACCAAUUCAGUGAGUCUUGAUUUGACAGAACUGAGAAACAGGGUGUCAAAAAUCAAAGUAAAUCCAAGAGGAAAUCUGUGGGCGACAGGUCAUUUCAUGGGAAAGAAAAAUGCUGUGGACAGCUCCUCUCUUGAGUCCACAAAUAAGCAGGCGCUGAACGCAUUUCGUUCAGCUUUAAUACCCGAGCAAAAGGCGCAGGACUGGAGAGAGUUUAUUGUUGAGCAGAUGAUCAAAGUUGCCGUGCAGGACCAUCUGCAGGAGACUCGAGAGAAAAUUGAUACCGAUGAACCGGAAGCAGACUCAUUGACGAAGAUAUUGGAAAAUUACUUAAGGAGCAGAAAAAAGUGACAUCAGCACCAAUCUGAUUAUCUUCUGACAUUUUAUCUUACAUUACCUGCUUUAUCAUUGAAACGUCAUGUUAAUAACUUUCUGUCGGUAGCAUUUCAUUAUGACCACAUGUACUGCAAGUAGUACGUCAAUAAACAAAAUGCCUCGCGACUAGACUGUGGAGCGAGUCACAUUAAUCAUCAAGCUCAAAUACAGCCUCUAUGCCGGAGUUAUUCUAACUGGGGAGCACGGCCCCCUAGUGGGGUGGGAAGGAAUUGCACGGGGAUUCGGGUGAGGGGAAAGAACU